AUGGUAGCUCCCGGCGUCGGACUGUGGACAUACGUUUCUCCGGCGAUGAAGUCGGUAUCGUCAGUGAGUCUUGCCAAUCUUUGCGCCAGGCCACAAUUCGCCAAAGAGCCUGAAGUCAAUUCUCUGACCAAUUUUUCGCCGAAGGUUUGUGUUAUCACUUCCUUCUGUCUUGGCACAUCUACCUACGCACCAUCCUCGUAUCUCACGCCCUCACAACUUAUAACUUGUCUGUUUACCUGGCCCUCCCUCCAUCUCGAUUUUAUGCAAUUGCUGAUCCGACUCGGACCUCUUAUCAGAAUCUCCCUGAUAGCUUUAAAGAUUUGUUGCUUAUCUUAG